GCGGCGCGCAGGGGCGGCGCGCUGGCUGGGCGCCGGCGGCGAGGGGGUUACGGUCCUCGGCUGCGCUGGGCUCGGGGAGGCAGGCAGAGCUCGGCUGCCCCGGCGCUGCAGCGAGCCGAGUCGGCCCCGCGCCGCGUCCCGCCUUCCCCGCCCCGCUGAGGGCGCGCCGGGGCGAGGCGGGGCCCAGAGGAAAAGGCGCCACUGGAGCGUGGCGUCCGCUGCCAUCGCGGGAAGGAGACCGAGAGUCCGUAGAACCCCAGCCCACCGGCGUAAGGCGCCCCCUCCCCUAGGCCACCUCGCGCCCGCCCCCUGCAGCUAGCCAAGGCCGGCGCCCCGCCCGGAGAUGGGCAGACGCGUAGAUGGCGUGGCUCCCAGCGCCACCAGAUAGCAGGAGCCCGGCGCCGGGGCGUUGCGCUGAGGCUCCAGUUCCGUGCAGCCCGGGAAGCCUGCAGGUGUCCUUGGCACCGCCCGGAGGACUCCUUCGCCAGUACCCACAGCCUGGCUCCUGGGAGCGGCCCCGCCCCCCGGGCUCGGCGCCGCGCAGGACGCCCCGUCUGAGGCCCCCCCGCCCCAGCGCGGCCCCCGCAGCGCUGCGCCAGGCCCAGCGCAGCUCCGGGCGGCGGACGCAGGACCCGAGGCUGGCUCCUGCAGGCGCGCUUGUUUUCCAGCUGCCGUCUCGCCCAGCGCAGCCCCCGCCCGCCUGUCCGCCGCGUUAAGCUCGGCCCAGCCCGCCAUCCUUGCCCUGCGCUGGAUUUAUGAAUGGGGGGAAGAGGCCACAUGCCGCCGCCGCCGUCUCGCGUUGACCGCACGCAGCCUGCGCCCGCGGAGCACCGGCUGCCCUGAGAGCGCCCGCCGGGUCCCGGCAGCCGCUUGGAGGACUUGUUGCUGUUUGCGCUGCCGCCUCGGGAAAACCGGUUGCUCCCGGGGCUCGGCGCGAUCUGGUAGCCAACGGGUGGCCCGUGUGAGUGUGAGCGCGCGCGCAGGACCCUCGCGGUGCGCCUGGACUGUGAGCUUCCUAGUCUAUUAGGGGGUGGGGGGCGUGUCCCAUCCCAGCAGGGGACCGUGUGUUCUUGCACCUACCUCCCCCAGCCCUUCUCUUGGGUUCUCGACUCUCCUCUCCAUCUCUUGCUCUCCUCUCCUGCGCUGCCUGCCUUAACCCCAACCACCUGUGCACCCAAGAAACCCAACUCCUCCGGCUCCGCGCCCCGAGGGGGGGUAGGCAGGGGCAGGGCCAAGCCGCAGAGGGGGCCGCCACAGUCUCCUGCCUCCUCCUCGUCUCCUCCCCCUCCCCCGUCUGACGCUGCUUCCUCGGGAAGGGUGUUUGGAGGGCAGCGGCCGCCCCAAGCCGGAGCCCCGCAGCGCUGCUUAUGAUCAGCUCGGUGUGUGUCUCCUCCUACCGCGGGCGCAAGUCGGGGAACAAGCCUCCGUCCAAAACAUGUCUGAAGGAAGAAAUGGCCAAGGGCGAGGCGUCGGAGAAGAUCAUCAUCAACGUGGGCGGCACGCGACAUGAGACCUACCGCAGCACCCUGCGCACCCUACCGGGCACCCGCCUCGCCUGGCUGGCCGACCCCGACGGCGGGGGCCGGCCUGAGACCGAUGGCGCUGGUGCAGGCAGCAGCGGCAGCAACGGCGGCGGGGGCUGCGAGUUCUUCUUCGACAGGCACCCGGGUGUGUUCGCCUACGUGCUCAACUACUACCGCACCGGCAAGCUGCACUGCCCCGCCGACGUGUGCGGGCCGCUUUUCGAGGAGGAGCUCACCUUCUGGGGCAUCGACGAGACCGACGUGGAGCCUUGCUGCUGGAUGACCUACCGGCAACACCGGGACGCCGAGGAGGCACUUGACAUCUUUGAGAGCCCGGACGGAGGUGGCGGCGGCGGUGGUGCAGGGCCCAACGACGAGGCUGGCGACGAUGAGCGAGAGCUGGCCCUACAGCGCCUGGGUCCUCACGAGGGAUGUGCAGGCUCGGGCUCAGGGUCCGGGGGCUGCCGCGGCUGGCAGCCCCGCAUGUGGGCGCUCUUCGAGGAUCCCUACUCUUCCAGGGCGGCCAGGGUGGUGGCCUUUGCCUCUCUUUUCUUCAUCCUGGUCUCCAUCACCACCUUCUGCCUGGAGACGCACGAGGCCUUCAACAUUGACCGCAACGUGACAGAGAUCCACCGUGUGGGGAACAUCACCAGCGUGCGCUUCCGGCGUGAGGUGGAGACAGAGCCCAUCCUGACCUACAUUGAGGGCGUGUGUGUGCUGUGGUUCACGCUGGAGUUCCUGGUACGCAUUGUGUGCUGCCCUGACACCCUGGACUUUGUCAAGAACCUGCUGAACAUCAUCGACUUUGUGGCCAUCCUGCCCUUCUACCUGGAGGUGGGACUGAGUGGCCUGUCAUCCAAGGCGGCCCGUGACGUGCUGGGCUUCCUGCGCGUGGUGCGCUUCGUGCGUAUCCUGCGCAUCUUCAAGCUCACACGCCACUUCGUAGGGCUGCGGGUGCUGGGCCACACGCUGCGGGCGAGCACCAACGAGUUCCUGCUGCUCAUCAUCUUCCUGGCCCUGGGCGUGCUCAUCUUCGCCACAAUGAUCUACUACGCUGAGCGCAUUGGGGCCAGACCCUCUGACCCACGGGGCAAUGACCACACUGACUUUAAGAACAUCCCCAUCGGCUUCUGGUGGGCUGUGGUGACCAUGACAACACUGGGCUAUGGGGACAUGUACCCCAAGACGUGGUCAGGCAUGCUGGUGGGGGCAUUGUGUGCGCUGGCAGGCGUGCUCACCAUCGCCAUGCCAGUGCCCGUCAUUGUCAACAAUUUCGGCAUGUACUACUCCCUGGCAAUGGCCAAGCAGAAGCUGCCCAAGAAACGGAAGAAGCACGUGCCACGGCCAGCCCAGCUUGAGUCACCUAUGUACUGCAAGUCCGAGGAGACCUCGCCCCGGGACAGCACCUAUAGUGAUACCAGCCCCCCUGCCCGGGAAGAGGGUAUGGUCGAGAGGAACCGGGCAGACUCCAAGCAGAAUGGCGAUGCCAAUGCAGUGCUGUCAGAUGAGGAGGGAGGUGGCCUCACCCAGCCCCUGGCCUCUGCCCCUACGCCCGAGGAGCGCCGGGCCCUGCGACGCUCUGCCACUCGAGACAGAAACAAGAAGGCAGCUGCCUGCUUCCUGCUCAGCACUGGGGACUUUGCCUGUGCUGAUGGUAGUGUCCGGAAAGGCUGUGGAAAGUCUCGAAGUCUAAACAACAUAGCUGGAGCAGCUGGAACCAGCCUGGGGCUGUCUCCACUGGCAUCGCGAUACAGCUCACCCUACCCUCCAAGAAAGCUCCUGCUCGCCCACCCCUUCCACCCCCUCACCAGCCCACCCCCCAGUCACUCUGCUACUUAGCGACUCUCCUCCCCUCCAGGUGCACACAUACCAGCCUGCACACUCACAUGCCCUUCCAGCCCACCUCCCUUCUGGGCCCUGAAGAGGGGUGGAAGAGAAUUCAGGCCCCUGAGCCUUUCCUGUGCAGCACCCAGCUCCCCAAAAUGUUCAGCUUUAGAGCCUGAGAGCAAGGGGAGAUUACUCACAGGGCUUCUACCACACCCCCACCCAUACUGGUGUCAUCCAAAGCCACAGGUGCCAGCAUACCCAGAACCUGUGCCUGGGCCCAGAUUUUCUCUCAGGAUCCCACCAGGGCCAACCUCAGCGGCCAGGCAUGUAUGUGGUGGUACACAGUGUGCCUGGGACCAGUCAGUCAGUCCUGCUGGGGAGCCAUGCUUGCAUUAAUAUUUUUAACCACUGCAAAUGUAUUUCCAUUCCUUGUGGCCUUUAAUCAGUAACAAAACAGCCUGUCUGUCUGUCUGUCUGUCCAUCCCACACCCAGACCAGCAAGAAAAAGGUUGUCACAUGGGCUAUCUCUGCUGGUGUGAGGGAAGUUUGAUGCAUUGGAAGGGCAGUGCCCUGGGGGAAGAGGCUUGAUAUCUUCCAGCUCCUGCCUGGGGUGCAGGUGGGGGCCCCUUGAGUUGUAGCCUCAGGUGUGGCACAAGCCAUGGGGGCACUGCCUAGGCACGGGAGGCCCUCAUUUCUGGGGACCUCUGCCCACAUUUCAGCGGAGGACUCCCAGCAGCAGUGCCCAGCAUCCCAUCUGCACGCAGCGCUGCGGCAUCUCUCUCCAUGCUUCUUCUCUGCUUCCGCGACAGUUUUUCUUCUCUCUCUCUCUUUUUCUUUCUCUCUCUUGCUUCCUCAUACUCCCAGGCCUGCCUCUGAGUCACCUGCCGCUCCCACCCAGCCUCUGCGCUGUGUAUUCCUGCCAGAACCGGAGACUCAUCUAAUUUCUAUAAUUAAGUGUAUUCAUUUACCUAACUAGCCCAGGAGCACAACAGGUUUGUGAGUCAUUGGGUGAGCAGGGGCACACCUUGCACAGGGGGCAGCUGAGCGGAUGUAUGAGGACAGAGGCUGUCCUGCCUGCACCUGCUGCUGCCACUCCAAGGAAGGGGGCCCUUUUGCAGCCUGAGGAACAGGAGCAUCUUGGCCAAGACAUUUCCUAUUUCACCUGAUGGGAAUUAGACCUGACAGCAAAGCCGUGAGCCUGGCAAUUUUUAGAGUCAGGUUAUGCAACUUUGUAGAGGGAAUGACUAAGUAAGGUAUCUGCUCUUUCCUUGAUGGGCAGAGACAGGAUGGCAGGACAGCAUUCAGAGUCUCAGCAGAGGCUGGGAAAUCUGGGGCCACCCCAAAAGGUGAACUGGAAAGAAAGAUUAUUUUAGGGGCCUGGGGGUGUUGUGCAAAGCCUUUGCCAGGAGCAUCCCCCUCUCAGUGCCUCCCUCGGCCUUAGGCACACAGGAAUGUCCCUUCCAGGAAGGUCUGUUCAGAGUAGGUACUGGGAUACCCCAGCCCUGCUGUGGUCUGUGGGGCCUGUCUCCCUCUUACUCUCAGAAGUGACCCCUGAGAGUUGAGAAGAAGGAAUAUAGGGGUCUCUAUGCAGCUGUCCUUCAGAAGGGGAUAGGCCCCUUUAAGUGACAGGGAUGGGGAUGCUGGGCCCCUUUCCUCUCACAGCUGACAGGUCCAGUCUUGACCUUCAGGGCUCCCUGGCACCAGUGUCCCAGCUCUGGCAAGGAUAUGGGGAGCUAAGCAUUCAGGUUAGCAUGGGUACCACAGCUAAAUUUUCUCCUCUGACUUGCCUUUCUGGUUAAGGGAACUGAGGCCGCUAUUUCUGUGGCAGCCCUCAAGUUGUCAGAAGCCCAAGUUUCCACGGCACCCACCGCCUCCUUCCCUCCCACAGGGAUGGGCCUGCUCAUGGCACCCCUAUGGUGGGCACAGAUGUCCCUGGGUGACAAGAUGUAGCAGUGCCAGGCUGGAGCCCCUAAUGCUUGGGGAGGUGGGCUUUCACAUGUUCCUCCUGGCUCUCUGGCUUGGUAAGGGAAAGACAGGACCCAGCGAGUGGGAGAAGUGAGGAGGGCCUUCCAGGGUGCUGGGGAAGCACAGGGUGAGUCAGUGAGUCCUGGCACUACAGAGUCCCCACUGUACACCAGGCUCUGCCAGGGAGGCAGCUAAAGCACAGGCCUCAGGCUCACCUAGACCUUGGGCCUGCCUCAGGAGAAGCCUCUUCCCUCACCCACCAGCUGGGAGUGUAGUUUGUUUUCCUUGGGCCAAGGCCCAGCCCCUUCCCACAGAGCAGGGAGGCAACCCAGGUGGGAAGCCUGACCUUCCGGUCUGUACCGGGGCUGCAACAGCCCUACAGGCCACUUCUCAGGGCUUCUGAAAAGAGGGGGCUGCAGCCUAAGACUGAGCUGGCAGGAGCCAGAGGAGUGGAAGUCUUUGGGCCAGGAUCGUCCUUUCACAGAGCUUGGGGGAGGAGGGCCGCCUCUGCCUGACCAGAGUGUGUCACCAUCUAGAAGCCCUGCAUUACCUGUAGGUUCCUAGGAAGAUUCUGCCCCAACUCUGAGGCUUCUGGAGAUGGAAAGUCCAUGGAUCCAGUGAAAAAAGUAGCCUUAAGGCCAUUACCUCCCAGAAUGUGUGCUCUGCUCCCCAGCUCUCUGGGCACUUCAUGGCCUUGCUGUGAUUUCCAUGCCCAUCCAAGGCCCCUGGGUAGUCCAGACAUUCUCACCACUGCAUCUCGGGCUCUAGUUGCCUACAGGAAGCUCCAAGGACUCCCUUCGUCCUCUAGAGGUGGCAGGGGAGUGCUUAACCUAGGCAGACAGGUUGGCGUUAGGAGUACAGAACAUGACCACAACUCUCUCUGCUGGUCCUUGGAAAUAGGGUUGUGAGAACCUUGGGCUUCUCUUAUUUUCUCAAGAAUGGUACUGAGAGACUCACCACACUAGGGGGCCAAGGGAUGGCGAGGUAGAAUGGCUGGGGCACACGGUCUAAAGGACAUAGAAACAGUAUCACCCUGAGAUGACAGUACCCUUGCCCUAGAAAAGUGAUGGUGGUAGCAAGGCAGCCAGAUAGAAGCUGUGAGUUCUGGAUGCCAAAUCGUCCCCACUUGAUAGGAGGCCUAGGCCUGGACCUCAGACCUAAUAGCUGCAGGGGUUGUCCCAGCAUGGCCUGGAAGGGGCGGAAAUUCCCAACUGCAUUGCUGAUCCUGAUCUUCCACUGAGGCAGCAGCAUUCCUACCUGACCUAGCUAUGCUCCCACUGGGGCGGUCACAGAGGGAAAGCCCAGGUCAUACACAUCCCAGGCUGAGGAUGGGAUCCCAAUGAGGGUGCUCUGAGGGGUCGGGUUUCUCACUAAGAUGCUAUUUCCUGACCUUCUCUCCUGAGACAGGCACAUUCGUCCUCCGUGACCUUCCCCUUCAGCAUUCACCUGAGGCUGCAUGCCCUCCAGCUGCUGGGACUCUGUUCCUGCCACAGUGAGGAAGGGGGCUGGGCACGACAUGGCACUACUCAGGAGCCUUCUUCACCAGCUCCUUGGGACAAUGGAAUAUCCCAGGGUGGUGAUGGCAGAUGGAGCUAUUUGGGGGAGAGCUCAAGUUGGACAGGCACCUGCUGGGGUGAUGGCUGAUGAGCCGCAGGCCACAUCAGGAACUUUCCCCACUGCCUCCAUGCCAGGCUGCAGGGCUGUGGUCCCUCUCUCCACUGCACUGGAGUUUUGAAGACUUGAGAGGCUAGUGGUUCCUGAAGCUAGUGGUUACCUGAACAGGUAUGGAGAUGAGCAGCGACAUCACCCAAGUCACCUUGGUCCAGAGUUGGGUUGCCAGAGAGGUGAUGAAGGGCUCACCCAAUUCCCUGACCCAUCCCUGCUCUUCCUGGCCUCUUAGCCCUGGGUUCCUCCAGCCUCCAGCUCUGCUCCUGGCCAGCUCCUUAGCCCACAGCCUGUGAGUCAGCAGCUGGCUUCUAAUAUCUCAUUCUUUGUUUCUACCUUUCUUUUGCUGAACUCCCUGCCCCCACCCCCUCCAGAAGGCAAUGUUGAGCCGAAAGUGUGCGUCCCAGUGUCUCACACCUGUGCUCUUUAAACACAGAGACCUGCCAAGACGCCCUCUCGUCCAACUAUGCCCAGGCUGAAGUCCUCACCCUCUCUUAAAGCGGCACCAGCGUGAGAGAGACAGGCAGACAGACAGAAAGCCAGAGGCUUAGGGAAACUCUGGAACCCAG